AUGGCGCGGCUGCCCCUGGCCCUUUGGCUCGGGCUGGCGGCGCUCUCCCUGCAGGCCCCGCCGGGCGGCGAGCCGGGCCCCGAGCUCCCCCCGCUGCACUACGGCGAGAACGUCAUUGACCUGCUGGAGGCGCUGAACGUCACCCGCUCCGUCCGGGGCGUCAGCAGGGCCGCGGGCUCCGAGCCGGGCGUGCCGGCCUGGAAGUUCCGCCAGCGGGUGCCCCACCUGACGCUGCCCUGGGACUACGCCAUCUACCUGCUGGCCAGCUCGCAGGGCGCCCUGGGCUUCCACUUCGUGGCCAGGCAGAGCCGGGGCUCGGCGGGCACCCUCAUCUCCCUGGUGUCGCCAGCCGCCGCCGCGCGGGACGGGCGCCCGCUGCUGCAGCUGGCGUCCAGCGCCCGCGCCAACCAGCUGCGUCUGGACUACCGCGCCGGGCCCAGCAUGGAGCCCGCCUCACUGCUUUUCCCUGGAGGCAGCCCCUUCGCCCGGGGCCGCUGGGCCCGGCUGGCCGUCGACCUGCAGCCCCACCGCCUGGCGCUCUUCGUGGACUGCCGCCCGGCCGUGCUCCUGGAGCGGGGCGGCCCGCGGGACGCACUCAGCCUGCUGCUGCCCCUCGACCUGCAGAUCACCUUCGCCAGCCUGCCCGGGGACGCAGCCAGCAAGUUUCUGGGCUAUUGGCAGACGGCUGAGAUCUCCCCCAGCGGGUUCCCACGCCGGCCGUGGCACUGCGAGAACCUGGCAGACCCCUUCCCCGUGCCGUACACCCUGGCGGAGGAGGGGGACCUGGCCGAGCCCCCCUUUGAUCAAGGAUCCCCCCUGGCCCCGGAGCCGCCAGCCCUCGCCGACAUCCGCAACUACCAGCAGCAGCCCGGCGAGCAGGAGUUCCCCCCCCCAGGCGCCCUGGAGGAGAGGGUGCAGCAGCUGAAGGAGCUGGUGGAUGGAUUCGGGGCCAUGCUGGACAUGGUCAAAGCGCAGAGCUCGGAGCUGCUGGCCCGCGUGAAGUCCCUGGAGAGCUGCGAGUGCCAGAGGCCGGCGUGCGUGUGGGAGGGGACGCAGCGUGAGGACGGAGCCACCUGGGACAAGGACGACUGCACCACCUGCAUCUGCCUGCAGGGGGAGGUGCGGUGCUCGGCACGCCAGGACCGGCCCCAGUGCCUAGGCUGUGAGUACGACGGGCAGCGGUACCAGGACAGAGACGUCUUCCUGGCGCCAUCCAACUCCUGCAUGAACUGCUCCUGCCUGGACGGGAGCGUCCAGUGCUUUCGACUCGUCUGCCUGCAGCUCCACUGCGCCACCCAGGAGGAGGUGCCCGGGACCUGCUGCCCCCGCUGCCAGGGCUGUGUGGACGGAGCCGCCCGGCGGGAGCACGGUGAGGAGUGGGCGCCGCAUGCAGACCCCUGCCAGAGCUGCCGGUGCUUGGAUGGCCGCGCCGUGUGCAGGAAGAGCCAAUGCGCCAGGCUGUGCCGCCACCCUGCCAGCCCCCGGCCGGGCACCUGCUGCCCCGUCUGCGACGGCUGCUCGCUGGACGGCCAGGAGUUUGCCAGCGGGGAGCCGGUGCCCAGCGGGGAGCCCUGCACCCAGUGCGCCUGCGUGAGCGGGAAUGUGUUGUGCAAACCCACCGGCUGCCCGGCUGCCCCCUGCUUGGAGCCCGUCCGGAGACCUGGCGAGUGCUGCCCGCGGUGCCAGGACUGCCUCUACGACGCCCAGCCCGUCCCGCACGGCGCCGUCUUCACCCCCCCGCAGGAGCCCUGCCUCCGCUGCCGCUGCCAGGCCGGGGAGGUGUCGUGUGAGCGCCUGGAGCAGAGCUGCCCGCCCGUGCCCUGCAGCCACCCGGGCACCGCCCAGGGCCAGUGCUGCCCGGCCUGCCACACGUGUGAGUACGAGGGGCACCUGUACCGGCACGGAGAGACCUUCACGCCCCCGGGCCGCGGGCCCUGUGUGCGGUGCACCUGCUCGGCUGGGCACGUGCAGUGCCAGGAAGAGGGGUGCCCCCCCGUGCCCUGUGCCCAGCCCAUCCGGGACCCCCAACGCUGCUGCCCCAUCUGCAAAGUGUGCGUGCUGGCCGGGGAGGAGUUCGAGGAGGGGGCGCAGUGGGAGCCGGACGGGGACCCCUGCACCACCUGUACCUGCCUCGCCGGAGAGCCCGUCUGCAGGGCCCUGCCGUGCCCGCCCGUCGCCUGCCAGCACCCCGCCCGGCUGAGCGGGGACUGCUGCCCGACCUGUGCCCAAUGCUCCUACCACCAGCACGUCUACGCCAACGGGCAGGCCUUCGCCGACCCACACAGCCCUUGCCAGCGCUGCCAGUGCACGGCUGCAGCGUGGAGGGGGCUGCGGUGGUGGCGGGCGAGUGGUUCCCCAGCCCGCGGGACCCCUGCCAGCUGUGCGUCUGCUCCGACGGGGUCGUCAGCUGCUCCUCCCGCGACUGCCCUGGUGCCCUGUGUGCCCGCCCCCUGCCAGGCUCCUGCUGCCAGAACAACUGCAACGGCUGCAGCUACGGGGGGAAGGAGUACCCCAACGGCGCCGAGUUCCCACACCCCACGGACCGCUGCAAGCAAUGCCACUGCCUCAACGGCAAUGUUCAGUGUCUGUCACGGCGCUGCCCCCCCCUGCUCUGCGUGGAGCCCAUCCUGGUGCCCGGCGGGUGCUGCCCCCAGUGCCCAGAGCCCCCGGCUGGCUGCCUCUACGCGGGCGUCUCCUACCAGCACACGCAGCGAUUCUACGACCCCUCGGACUCCUGCCGCCACUGCAUCUGUGCCAACGGGACCGUCACCUGCCAGCGCCAGCCUUGCGCCCCCGUUCUCUGCACCCACCCCCUGCGGCAGGACUGCUGCCGCUCCUGUGAUGCAGGACAGCUGCCUCCUACAACAGGAACACCUCCCCACGGCCCCUGCCCCACGUCUCUGCUCCUGCCCUGCUCUCCUGCCCGGUGCCAUCGCCCGCUCUGCCCCCAGGCUGCCUGUACCAGGGGAAGGAGCUGCCCAACGGGGAGCAGUUCCCGGACCCCGCGGAGCCGUGCCGCGUCUGCACCUGCUGGGAGGGCAGCGUCUCCUGCCAGCCCAGGGCCUGCCUGCUGCUCCAGUGCCCCUUCCCUGCCCGGGGGCCGUGCUGCCAGGCUGCGAGUACCUGGGCGAGGGUUACCUCGAUGGCCAGGAGUUCCCAGACCCCCAGGACGCCUGCGGCCGCUGCGUCUGCCUCCGCGGCUUCGUCACCUGCACCAAGAUGCCCUGCGACCCACCAGGCUGUCGCCACCCCACCAGUCCCCCCGGCCAGUGCUGCCCCGUGUGCCAGGGCUGCCACUUCCAGGGCCAGGACCUUGCGGACGGAGAGACCUUCCCGGCCCCCGGCAGGCGCUGCGAGCAGUGUCGCUGCCUGCAGGGAGAGGUGUCCUGCGGGCCCCUGCCCUGCCCUGGGGUGACGUGCCCCCACCCGGCCGUGGGCCCCUGCGACUGCCCCAUGUGUGACGGCUGCAGCUUCCACGGGCGAGCGUACAGCAACGGAGAGCGCUUCCCCGACCCCCAUGACGCCUGCCGCCUCUGCUCCUGCCUGGAUGGCAGCGUGACGUGUGUGCCCGCUCCGUGCUCCCCCGCCCCCUGCCGGAACCCUGUCACCCUGCCCGGCCAGUGCUGCCCCCAGUGCUCCGGCGCCUGCCGCUAUCAGGGCCACCUCUACGAGAGCGGGACCACCUUCCGCCCCCCGGCGGGGGACCCCUGCUCCACCUGCACCUGCCUGAACGAAGCAGUGACGUGCCAGCGCGAGCCCUGCCUGCAGCAAUGCACCCACCCCGUGCCGCCCGCCGCCCCCUCCUGCUGCCCCGACUGCAACCGCUGCCUCUUCGAGGGCCAGGAGCUCGCCAGCCGCCAGGCCGUCACCCCGCCCUCGGACCCCUGCCAGCGCUGCCGCUGCCUGCAUGGCAACGUGCUCUGCACCCCCGUCCUGUGCCCCCAGGCCGCCUGUGCCAGCCCCGUCCGGCGCCCGGGCCACUGCUGCCCUGAGUGUCCAGUGUGCCGGCACGGGGGGCAGGAGUAUCCCGAGGGCUCGCACUGGCCAUCCCCGACGGACCCCUGCCAGCGGUGCUCCUGCGUGGGCAGGGACGUGCUCUGCGUGAAGGCCCCGUGCCCCCCGCUGACGUGCACCCACCAGGUGAUAGAGCCCGGGGACUGCUGCCCCCGCUGCAAAGGCUGCAUGUAUGACGGGCAGGAGCACGCCAACGGCACCAGCUGGUUCUCCUCCCCCUGCGUGUCCUGCCUGUGCACCCACGGCAUCGCCACCUGCGCCCAGAUCCGCUGCCUCGGCUCCUGCCUCCGCCCCGUCCAGGUGCCCGGGGAAUGCUGCCCACUGUGCGCAGACUGUGUGUUCGAGGGCCGGCCGUACAACCCUGGGGAGAGCUUCCAGCCGUCGCUGGACCCCUGCGAGAUCUGCACCUGUGAGCUGCUGGCGGCCGGGGGGCCGCACGUGCGCUGCUACCGCAGACAGUGCCCCAGCCUGGUGGGCUGCCCCAGGAGCCAGAUCCAGCCGCCCGGGCCGCACCACUGCUGCCCCACCUGUGCCCAGGCCUUGAGUAACUGCACGGCCGAGCUGGCCGGGAACGAGAUCCAGGCGGCCGACGACCCCUGUUACACCUGCCAGUGCAAGGAUCUCACCUGGGUGUGUGCGCGCCAGGGCUGUCCGCAGCUCAGCUGCCCCCUCGCCGAGCAGUUCACCCCCCAGGGCACCUGCUGCCCCAUCUGCGACGAGUGCGUGAUAGAGACUGGAGGGCGCCGGGUGUCGGACGGUGAGUGCUGGACGGACAGCGAGGGCGACUGCGUCAGCUGCACCUGUAAUCGGGGCCACGUGGAGUGCCACAUCGCAGAGUGCGAGCCCGUGGAGUGCCAGGGCGGCCUGCGGAAGGUGCAGAUGCCCGGCUCCUGCUGCUACGAGUGCCAAGACCCGGACGGCUCCUGCUCCUACCAGGGCCAGCGGUACCAGGCCAGCGAGCACUGGCAGGUGGACACUUGCACCGCCUGCACCUGCGUCUCUGGGGAGGUGCACUGCCGGAGCCAGCGCUGCCCCCCGGCCGCCUGCGCCGCGGAUGAGACGCCCGCGCUAAUGCCAGGCAUGUGCUGCCCUCACUGCCUGCCCCGCCCCGCCACCUGCCUGGCCUUCGGCGACCCACACUACCGCACCUUCGACGGGCGGCUGCUGCACUUCCAGGGCACCUGCACCUACGUCCUGGCCCAGGACUGCCAGGGGGGGGACUUCAGCAUCCACGUGACCAAUGACGACAGGGGGCGCCCGGGCGUGGCCUGGACCAAGGAGGUGACAGUGCGAGUCGGGGACGUCGUGGUGCAGCUGCUGCAGGACUGGCUGGUCAGGGUGGACGGCCAGGUGGUGACCCUGCCCUUCCUCAAGGAGCCCCACCUCUAUGUCGAACGCCAAACCAACACCGUCCUGCUCAACACCAACAUCGGGGUGAAGGUCCUGUGGAGCGGGCGCUCGCAACUGGAGGUCAGCGUGCCCGGCACCUACAAGGGGCACACGUGCGGCCUGUGCGGCGACUUCAACGGCCACCCACAGGACGAUGCCCGCCUGCGCUCGGGGCAGCUGGCCCGCGCCGAGGCAGCCUUCGGCAACAGCUGGAGGGUGCCGAGCGGGAACGGCACGGGCGGGCCGUGUGCCGACGGGCGGGAUGUGGAUCCCUGCAAGGAGGCCGGCUACCGUGCCCGCAAGGAGGCCAACGCCCGCUGCAAGGUGCUGAAGUCGGGGGCAUUCGAGCCCUGCCACCCCCUGGUGCCCCCGGAGCCCUUCUUCGCCGCCUGCGUCUACGACCUGUGCGCCUGCGGGGCCGGCGCCGACCAGUGCCUGUGUGACGCGCUGGAGGCCUACGCUGCCCUGUGCCGCCGGGCCGGGCUGGCUCUGCGCUGGCGCUCGCCCACGCUCUGUGCCGUCGGCUGCCCCCAGGACCGGGGCUACGUGUUCGACGAGUGCGGCCCGCCCUGCCCCAAGACGUGUUACAACAAGGACGCACCGCUGGGGGCCAUCGAGUCGCGCUGCUUCACGCCCUGCGUGCCCGGGUGCCAGUGCCCCGCCGGGCGGGUGGAGCAUGAGGCCCACUGCGUCCUCCCCGAGGCCUGUCCCCAGGUCGUCUACGGCAGCCUCUGA